AACUCGGUGCAGAGAAAAAGGACAGAAAGAUGCUGUCCGAGCAAGCCCAGAAGUGGUUUCCGACCCACGUGCAGGUCACCGUGCUCCAAGCCAAAGAUCUUAGGCCAAAAGGCAAAAGUGGCACCAAUGACACAUACACUAUAAUUCAGUUGGGCAAGGAAAAGUACUCCACCUCUGUAGCCGAGAAAACCCUUGAGCCAGUCUGGAAGGAAGAGGCCUCUUUUGAGCUACCUGGAUUGCUAGUGCAGGGGAAUCCAGAGAAAUACAUUCUUUUCCUCAUAGUUAUGCACAGGUCCCUGGUGGGUCUGGAUAAGUUUUUAGGGCAGGUGGCAAUCAAUCUCAAUGACAUCUUUGAGGACAAACAAAGAAGGAAAACAGAGUGGUUUAGAUUAGAAUCCAAACAAGGAAAAAGAGCCAAAAACAGGGGUGAGAUAAAGGUCAAUAUUCAAUUCAUGAGGAACAAUAUGACAGCAAGUAUGUUUGACUUAUCAAUGAAGGACAAAACAAGAUCUCCUUUUGCAAAAUUAAAAGAUAAGAUGAAAGGUAGAAAAAAUGAUGGGACAUUUUCUGAUACGUCUUCUGCAAUCAUUCCAAGUUCUCACAUACCCGAUGCCAAUACUGAAUUUUCAAGUGGUGAAAUACAGAUGAAAUCCAAACCAAAAAAGCCUUUCCUUUUGGGUCCUCAGCGACUCUCUUCAGCACAUUCAAUGUCUGACUUAACUGGGACCCACAUAUCUUCUGAGAAACUGAAGUCUGGCACCAUUGGUCAAACGCAUCUUCUUGGACGGCAGAUAGAUUCCUUUGGAGCGGUUCCGGAGAGUGGAAGUCUCAAAUCUCCACACAGAAGAACAUUAAGCUUUGAUACUUCUAAAAUGAACCAACCUGACAGCAGUGUGGAUGAAGGUGAAUCGUCUUUUGGAAGACAAAAUGACCCAUUUACAAAUGUGACUGCUUCAUUACCCCAAAAAUUUGCAACACUGCCAAGGAAGAAAAAUCCGUUUGAGGAAAGCAGUGAAUCAUGGGACAGCAGCAUGAAUUUAUUUUCAAAAUCAGUUGAAGUAAGAAAAGAAAAUAAAAGAGAGAAAAGGGAGAAAGUUAGCCUGUUUGAAAGAGUGACUGGAAAAAAAGAUAGCCGAAGAUCUGAUAAACUUAACAAUGGGGGAUCUGAUAGCCCUUGUGACUUGAAAUCACCUAAUGCAUUUAGUGAAAAUCGUCAGGACUAUUUUGAUUAUGAGUCAACUAAUCCGUUUACAGCAAAAUUCAGGGCUUCAAAUAUAAUGCCAUCUUCAAGUUUUCAUAUGAAUCCAACAAGUAAUGAGGACCUCAGGAAAAUCCCGGACAGCAACCCUUUUGAUGCCACUGCAGGGUAUCGUGGUCUGACCUACGAGGAGGUCCUCCAGGAGCUGGUGAAGCACAAAGAGCUCCUGAGGAGGAAAGAUACCCACAUCCGGGAACUCGAGGACUACAUCGACAACCUCCUCGUGAGGGUCAUGGAGGAGACACCCAGUAUCCUCAGAGUGCCGUACGAACCGUCCAGGAAGGCUGGCAAAUUUGCCAACAGUUAA